AUGCGCUGGGCACGGGAGGCGGCCGCUCUCCAUGCCAACAUAGCAUGGCUGCCCUGUCACCCCCCUCCCCUCUGGACUCGUGGGGGUCAUCCCAGUCCAUCCCUGGGAGGAAUCCCUUAUCCCACAACACCAAGGGACAUUUCCACAAAGAAUGCUGGAACUUCUGGCAACUCUAACAAGAUAGCAGAAGGCACGCAAAGUCCCAGAACCACCAAAACAAACCAACAUAUCUUGUCCAAUGGAGACAGAAUCUUUGAAGACUUUUGGCAACGUCUAGAAAGCAGAAUGCAUCACCCUAGCCUGCGAGA